CAAAUCAAGCUGCCAGAUCCCAACUAGCUAGCUAGUCAGCUGCAAAACUCAGUGAAAAGGAAGCAAGACCGACGAAUACUCACUCGAUCAUGGUGGCCAUGGUGGUGCCGUCGGUGUUCGCCGCCUUCGACAAGGACGGCGAUGGCAAGGUGUCCGCGUCCGACCUGCGGUGCGGCAUGGCGGCGACCCUGGGCGAGGACGUAUCGGAGGAGGAGGCGGCAGUGAUCCUGGCCGCGGUGGACGCCGACGGCGACGGGCUGCUGAGCCAAGAAGAGUUCUCGAGGCUAGCCGCCGGUGCCCACGAAGAGGACGACGUUGACGUGAGGCAAUGCUGUCUGAGGGAGGCGUUCGGGAUGUACGCAUCAUCAUCCACGGAAGCCACGACGACGAUGAUGAUUACGCCGGCGAGCCUGAGGCGGACGCUGAGCAGGCUGGGCUCUCACGAACUGGGCGUGGACGAGUGCACGGCAAUGAUCUGCAGAUUUGACCUCGACGGCGACGGUGCCCUCUCGUUCGAUGAGUUCCAAGUCAUGAUGAUGGCCUGAUCAUCGACUCUCUUCAUGGAAUUUUUCAAGACAGAUAUAGUGUUCACUUAAGGCGACUGAUAGGCGCCGGUGCGCCGGCCCAAAUUUGGGCCGGUCGCACCGGUACCGUACGAUCUGCAAAACUGGAACCGCACGAUCUCCUACCCUUCCUCCUCUGUCUUGUUGUUCUCUGAUAAAAAAUCCCAUCGCGCCGUCAGGGACGAGCGAUGCGCCCGAUCUAGAAGCUCUGCCCGGCGUAUUUCGCCUGUCGCCGCCCUUGCCGGCCGCCGGCGCCGCCGUUGCCGUCGUCGUCUCUUUUGUUUCUCGCCGGCUCCGUGAAUGCAGCAGCUUGUCCCUGUAGUUGCAGGUCCCCGUUUCGACAGUCACAGCUCCGGUGGCGGCCGCCGCAUCCCCGGCGCACGGCGGUCGUCGGGCGCAGCACCUCCUCCGA